UCCCGCCCACGGCGCGGGGCCGCUCCGCCGCCGGGGGCUGCGCAGGCAGAUGUGCCAAGUCCAGCUGAAGCCGCUGUGGGUGUGAGGAAGGCAGUGCAGCACCAUGACUGCAGCACAGGGGGUUCUCCUCCGCCCCAUCACCAUGGGACUGCUCCUGCAGAGCCUCUUCCUCCUCCUCCUCCUCCUCCUGGGCUCCUGCCUCCCUCCAGCCGCUGCCUUCCCCAAGGGCUGUUACCCCUCAGAAGAGGAGGGGCUGAAGACCUUUCGCUGCAGCAACGCUCAGCUGACCGAGGUCCCCAGGGACAUCCCCAAUGACACCAACAAACUCUACCUGGACUUCAACCAAAUCCCCUUCCUGCCUCGCGAUGCCUUCCGGGACCUGCCGCUCCUGCUGGAGCUGGAUCUGUCCCACAAUGCCAUCGCCAGAAUUGAAACCGGGGCUUUCCAGGGCCUGGCAGAGCACCUACACUCUCUGGAUUUGUCUUCCAACAGGCUGGUGUCGGUCAGCAAAGACGCCUUUAGCAACCUGAAGGCCAAGGUGAACCUGUCCAACAACCCGUGGCUGUGUGACUGCCGGCUGCAGGAGCUGAUCCGUGCCGUGGAGCUGGCGGCCGACUCCUCGGGGGGCAUCGUGUGCGACUCCUCCACGCAGGAGGAGCACGUGGGCAAAGCCUUCCUGCAGCUCACUGCCGACACAGACUUCUGCAACGUGUACAAGAAGACCACGGACAUCGCCAUGCUGGUCACCAUGUUCGGCUGGUUCGCCAUGGUGAUUUCCUACCUGGUUUAUUACGUCAGGCAGAACCAGGAGGACGCCCGGAGGCACCUGGAGUAUCUCAAGUCGCUGCCCAGCAAACAGCGGCGGUCGGAGGAGUCAUCCACCAUCAGCACUGUGGUGUGAGCACAGCACCCUGCAGGACGUGGGGACCGGCCACUCCAGGGACUGUCACCAGCCACUGGCAUCGCACAGAUACUCAUGGAUUUGUUCUGUUCUCCUCCUGGAAGCAGCAGCCACGGCUGAUGAGUCCCUGGCUCUGGUGGCUGAGGUCAGGGACGGAUAUCAGACAUGAGCACGGAGGAGCCUCAGCUCCUCCCAAGUUUUGCAGGACUGGAGCAACACGGAGCAUCCCCCUGGCAUGUGGCCAUUGCUCUGACUGACUCGGACAUUUGGACUUCAUCUGAAACUUUUAUAUUUCCUUUGCAGAGAUCCCUUGGGGCAUUAAUGGAAUCGGUGUUUUCUCUCUCCCCGGCUCCCCCUCGGCUGCCCAGGGGAUGGUACGGCAGCCCAGGGCAGCCUGGGCCUGGAUCCCUGCCGGGAGGGCAGAGGGGAGGAGCAGUACGGGUGCAAGGCCAGUGCCCGCCAGGUCACUGGCCCUGGAGGGACCAAGAGGUGGGGCAGGGGGUGGGGACACACCGCUUGGUGCCGCCCCAUCUUCCCUUUCAUCUCCCUGCCCCUUUCCCGGCACUCCGGCCAGGUGGGGCAAGGGGCGUGGGAGUCCCCACUCAGACAUGGGGUCGCUGAUGGGCAAACCCAGGGCCUUUCCCCUCGGAGAGAACCAAACGGGGAAUGAACUCCCUGGGGCAGAGCCCUUUGGGGCUGCCAAGGGAUGCGGGUGCUGAGGGAGGGGCAGCUGGGGGUCCUGGCGGUGGGUCCAGCCCUGCUGGGAUGUUGGGGGAGUGGGUUUCCCCUCGGUGCUCUCGGUGUUGGCAGCACCCUUGGCCAUCUGCCCGUGUCACUGCUGGAGGGGAGCUCCCACCUCACAAGCUGCUGACCGGUCACUGUGAUGGGAAGCAGGAUGGAGGGAGCUGCCACGGCUCCUCUGUCCUCUCCUCACUCCUGCACUGCUGUCAGGAGCCUGAAUCUCCCCUAAAAUAUCCCAAAGUCCCUUCUUGAUGCUUCCAGUAUUGGGCUGCAGGUUCCUGGUGGCAGUGGUGGAGGCGAUGCUGGGCACAGGGCUGGCAAAGACAGGGGUCAGUGCCCACUUUUGGGCAUGCAGGGUCCAAGUGGCAACUCAGAGCAAAACCAGAGCAGCCCCAGGCUCUUCCACCUGCCUGUCUGGCCUCUGGGACAUCUGGUUUUGCUGGUUUUGGCCUUUUUUUUAAACCAACCAAUGCUAAAUUGCCUUAACUCACCAAGAGCACCAACCAAAGCUGCUGGAACCUCCUGUGUGCCGAGCCAGAGCUGCCUUGCUGCCAGGCCCAGCCUCAGCCCCUGGUGUGGCAGCUCCAGCCGCUGCCCCUGCCCUCGUGCCCCGGUGCUGGUGGGAGCCAUGGGACUGAGCUGGCCAGGAGCAGGGCCCACCCUUCCCCAAGUGCCUGAUUCCAGCACAGAGCAGGAGCUCUGCAACGCACAAACACCUCAGCCCCAGCUCCCACCCGGGCGUCCCCGCAGCCCCACGGCAGCUCCUUCCCCCUCUACAACCUGCUGAGGAGAAAAGGGGCUGGGGGGGACCCCACUGAACCCCCCAAGCUGCUCCCCCCAGGCCCGCAGCAUGGGGGGUGCCGGGACCACCCGACCCAUCUGCGUUUGGGUUAAGGGACAUUUUAGUUCUUACUUUAUACGACAAUAAAUUUGGCUUUUACUUUGGA